ACUGCGUCCAACGGCAGCGCGAGCGGGCUCCAGGAGAUCUCCGACAGGCUCGCCGACAACUUCUCCAUCCUCCCGGGUCAUCACUGUGCCGGAGAUGAGGAGGACGGCGAAGAUGGCGGCUACGGUGAAGCCUGCAGAAAGCAAGUGAGCAUUUGGAACAAUGUUUGGAUGCUUCUCACCUCAACAUAACAAAGGAGGGAAUGAUAGAGGAAACAUACCAGCAAAGCUCAGUUCAUCAGUUCAUCCUGGCGGAAGAGACUAACCAAUUGUUGGAGAGAUACCACAACUUCCAAAGCAGCUUAUAAUAUGGAGGCUUUGAUGAGACACAAAUCGCUGUAUUUUUUUAAAAACAUUUUUUUUUAGCUUUCUGUAAGCAAGAGGAGGUGUCUGAAUGGGACAAGCGAGUGUGUUAUUGUGUAAAAGAGGGGUGUGUUCACACUGGAUCUCUCAGUUCUACUUUUUCUUUAUAUGUUUCCACUUGCUCACUAAGGAGUGCCCAUUUGUUGUUUUGAAAGAUUUGGGGAAAGCCAGGUUUGCUUUGCACACAGUGCAUUUUAUCACAGUGUACUGCGUUCAUUUGUUGACUCAUUUGCACUGAUACAUUCAAGGGAUAGGCACGACUUUCGGAGCUGAUAUUUAUUGGAAAUAUUGUGAUCCAGCAAGUGUGUGAUAGAGACGACCUGGAACAGGAAAAUCAAGACUCCAGUCAGAAAACAAAGGAGCGGUGGCAGAGGGCACUGCAGUCAGUCUAACUUUAACCUUGCCUCGGACUGAGGUCCGUUUCUAAAUGAGAAAAACAGAACUGUGUUGACAACAUGACUGAUAGGGUGAAACAGAUCUUCACCGAGCAAUUUGUGAGCCAGACAGUUCAAGCAAAACCACCCCAACCAGGACAGGCUUCAAACCUGAGCCAGGUUAAAAGAGAAGUGGCCUCAAAAGUUGUUCCAACCACAGCUGACAACAACAUGGAAAUCAAAGACGUCUUCACCUCAAAUAACAAGACUUCAAGACAUCAUGCUUCCACAGAGCCGACUUUACACAGUUUAGAUGCACCGGAGACUGAACAUGCUUAUAAUUCAAUCAAGCAACAGGAAGAAAUCUCUGUAUCGUAUACUUCAGAUAGUUUCAUGCAAAUACCAAAUGAAGAUACCCUUCAUCCCAUACAAUUCCCGUAUCCUGAUAUUUCCCAAACUAAAACCUCAAAGCGAUCAGAAGCUUUAAGAGAGAGGAAUAUGUUGUCUCUUGAGCCAGACGAUGACAUUGGCACCAUUUACAGUCCUCCAAGAAAUGAAGAGGAAAUUAUUUUUUCAACUAAAUGUCCAUCUUCAGAUAUGUCUAAGGAGGCAAGACGGGACUGUGGACAUCCAGCAAAAUAUGUAGAAACUUUGAAGCUAAUAACUCACGAAGAGAAAUCCCAUAAGGAUAUUAAAGGAACCCCAACUGUGAUGGACAUGCAGUAUAUUGAAGAGGCUGGAGACAGUAGUUCAGAUGCAACUCUGUGUUGUAAGGGAGUAGAGACCAAAGAUGACAAUGCAGUCACAAGUCUCCAGAGAAAACAUGAAAAGUCAAUAUCAGAGGAGCCUGAAUCAGAUGUGUCCAGUUCAGAUCCACAAUCCUCAACGAGACCUGCAAACACUAAAAUGUGUCAAUCCAAAUCUACAAAUAGCAAAUCACCAUUCACAACAUACCAAGAAGAAUGGAAAGAAACACCAGAAUCAAGUGGACUCACUGCACAAUUUAAUUUCGCUGAUUUGGAUGCAAAAGAAGCAUUUCCGCACGCCAAAAAAAGAGAGAUUACAGAUAAAAGUCACCCUGAGGGGCAAACCAGCCGCUAUAAAUAUUUGAUCCCCAAAAGAUGCUGCGACUCCUCACUGGCUGAAGUGCAAAGGGAGUUACUGUUAUCUUUGGAGGCCAGAGAGAUGGCACAAGUUGGAGCAGAGAGGUCUUCCACCAUGAGUUUGGAAAAGCUGGCAUCCGAGGAGGAUAAGACUUCUGAAUCACCUGGACAGCCCUUGUACAAGCACAGUGCCACCAUGCAGGACCUUUUGUCUGAGAUCCAGGGCACAGUAGAAAGAAACAGCAUUAUAAAUCGGACAACGGCCAUGGAUUUAAACUGGUACCUUCAGUCUUCACCAAGUGAAGCAGAGAUCAGACUAGUCAGAGCAGUUCAAAAUGUGCUCGUAUGUCGAUAUCUGCCAGCAGAGCUAAAUCUUGCUGCCAUGGCCAAACAGCUAGAGAAGGCAGAGGAUUAUAAGAUUUGUGUGCUGGACCAAGUUGCUAUGAUGAGAAGUACCAGUUCAUUUCAACUUUGUGGUCCAACCGUCUUGAAAAGACUGGAAGCCCAGUGGAGUACAGCACUGCUGGAUGCCUCAGCUACAGUGCAAGUCAAAACGGCACAGCUGGGUGAAGUCAAACAGUAUCACAAACAGCUGGAUGAAAUUAAAGCUUUCCUGGAUGGGGUACAUGCUGAGAAGAAAAAAUUGAACUUAGGUGCCUUGGGAAGCAGCGGUGUACAAGCUGAAAAACUCCACUCGCUGCUGCAAAACUUAAAACAAAGCGAAGAAAUGUGGCAAGAACUCCUCAUAUUGAGUAGCCAUUUGGCUGUCCACUUGAGUGAUGCAGAGAGCUCUGGCGCCCUUCUCGCUCAGCUUGGAGAUGUACAAGAUGAGUGGAGACUUUUGAGUGGAAGUAUCAAGAGAGCCUUGUGGCAAGCGACGAACACUUCCUGUCAAUCAUCUGUCCUUACUAAAGAGGCAAGACAUCUUAAAGAGAAGAUUGAAGAUAUCCAGGAAUCCGUGAAUUCCCAUGGGAUAUGUCAUGACACCAAAAGUACUUUGGAACUGUUUUGUUUGAGCGAAGACUUAAAAAUGUGUAACCAGUUGCAUGUGAAUCUACAGUCAUUCUCAGAUACCCUUUUUCAGUUUUCUAUAGGACAGAAAGAGAAGGACACCAUCAAACAUAACCUUGAAGAAAUGGGGACCUUACUGGCAACUACCAAAAACAAAGUUGACACUGCCCUAUGCGGAACUGAUGUUAAUAAGUGGUUCCAAAAAUGGAUCACAUGGGCAAAACAUAUGGAAUACAACAUUACCAUCGGCAAAAAGUUGUCUCUCUUUCCAGAAGAAGCUCGUAUUCAAAUUUUUGAGAUGAGGAAAUUUCAGACAGAUGUCAUGAUCAGAAGGUCAAAAAUGAAACCAGAAGAAAUGAGAGGGGAAACGCCUGGCAUGGACAAUGAGGACUAUGACCAAGGGUGGAAAGUAGUAGAACAUCUAUAUGUAGCUAUCUCUGAAAGUUUAGAUAAUGUUCUUGACACAAUGAAGAAGAAUCUACAAGAGAGGCAGAAACUGUUAAACCAUAUUGAUAGCAUUGACACAUGGUUAGUAGAAACAAAAGAAAACAGACACAGCUGUUCUUAUGUUGAGAAUGUUUCAAGAGUUGACAUCUGCUCCCUUAAGAGCAAGCUAAAAACUCACCAAGAUGUUGCUGAUGAUAUAGCAAGACAUCUUAGUCUGGUAGAUGCUUUGGAGACAAAAUGCAAGGAAGUAGCAAAAGACCUGAGACCUGGAGAAAGUCGAUACCUUGUUAACAGGCUUUCGGGCAUCUGGACAGAAUUUGAUGGUUUGCUGGCGCAAGAGAGUUCAACCACCUGGCAUUUAGAGGAGCUGAUUCACGAACGUACCUCUUCUGGUGAAGAGCUGUCUACCAUAGAGGAUAGUCUAAAGAACAUUUCCUCUUCUUUGGAUCAAUAUCGUUUCCCAAUGACACAGGAAACAAUUUUAACAAUUGCACUUCUGGCACACAUGCUAAUGGAACAUCAGUGUCAAGUGCAAGAGAUUCAACACUGCCAGGAAGGAGAGCGUAGCUCUCUGCUCUCCACCAUCGGGGAACUGCAAGACAGGUGCAAAGUUCUUAGUUUUCAAGCUUUUGAGCAAGACAAAUACCUGCAACUGAAGGAGCAAAUGGAGGAUUCAAGGGACAUUUGUGAAGAAAAAAUCCAGCAUGCUAAAGAUGGAACAUCAAGUUUGGGUGAAAGGUUCAACCUUUUUCAGGCACUCUUAGUUGAUCUCCCGCUGAUGAAGACACAUUGUCAAGAAGUGGCAGACCAACUGGAGGUGAUUGCUCAAGAGCUGAAACCAACAGAAAUGAACUUAGAGAGGGAGAGCAUUGGCUCCACCGUGGAGGUUUUUGUUUCUUGGGAGCAUACUGCCUCAGAUGAGAUUAAACAUUUAGAGGCUAAGCUUCUCCAGGGAUUACGCUUUUCCUCUGAGUAUCCUGCCCUUAUAGAGUUCUUCCAAAGAACAAGACAAGAGCUGCAAGCUAUGGAACCAGUCAAUCCAGAUGAAAGAGCCCUGGAUUUUGCUUUGCAAAGGCGUUGGGUGAUAUGGAGAAACAUGGAAUCUGGGAUGCGAGUAUUGCACACUCUGGCUUGGAAGGAGAAAAUUACUUUAAAGAGCCGCAGUGACCUGCAUAUACUUCGAGAUGCUGCCAUGCAGGAAUGCCAUUUACAGAUGGAAUGUUUAUCCAAGACUCGAGAAUCCCUGAAAGAUUACCAAUGGGCUGCUCAGGGAGCUAUUCACUUCCUUCACAAUGCUGAAAUGACAUUUUUAUCAGCUCCUGGUGGGUUUCUUGACUGUACGGAGGAACAAAUUCAGACCCAACAGGCCCUUGAAGCUCUUAAAGAAGGAUUUGUUGCCCAUAUCAAGCACCUUGUUGAACUGGUGCCCCAACAAGUCUGCCUCUCCUGCUCAAAGACCCAAGAUCUGCACAUUGGCAUCCUCAGUCGAUUGCUAGUGGGAAGAGCCAUACUGGAGGCUCAGGCUCAGCUCAGACUGGAGUCCCUGCAGAGAUGUGAACUUCGACAACAAAGCCACAGGGUUUGUCACAAAGACAUACUACAGUGUCUGAUUGAGUAUGAAGCAAACCUUUCAGCAUGUGAAGCAGAAGAAGUGACAUCAUAUGAUAAUUGUGUUUUGCAACACAAACGAUCUAAGGACUUGAUGGAGGGUGUCUGUGACCUUGCUAGGAAAACAGAAGAACUCAGAGCAAGAUGCCCCAUGCAGGGAUGUGGCGUUGGAAAGGACGGGGAGCUUGGCGCCCUCUGGAGGCGUUGGGUAUCACUGCGGCGGGGUGUUGCUCUGCUGAUGGCACAAGCAGAUCAGAGAGUAGAGGAAUGGAAGGAUAUAACAAGUAGUGUGGAGCAGUGCUGCAACUCAUUGUCUAGACUUCAGCCCAAAGUUCCUCACUCUACCACUGUAAUCUUCACACAAGAUGAGAUCCAGAAGCUUCUAGCCCAGGCAGAGAUGCAGCAGGUCCGUCUGGAACAAGAGCGGCAGGCUUUAGCCUCCCUGGAACACCGACUAGAGCAUGCACUGAGCUUGACUACUUCCAAAGAUCCAAGUAGUCUGCCAGGACCUUUUGGUGUAUUGCUUGUGAAGAUUCAAGAAAAUAUCAAACGUUUGAAGGAAAGAAAUCUUCAAGUGAUAGCUGUUGCCCAGCUAGAGGAGAGGGAAAGACAGCAGUUUGAAGAGAGGAUAGGAGAGGUGGAGGAGAGCAUGUGUAUGAUUCCUUCUAUGCUGGACAACAACCUGAGUUCUACACAACAUCAGGAGCUCACAAAGGAUCUAUCUAAUCAGAGAGUUAAGCUAAAGUAUAUCCAGGACAGUCUGUUGGCACAAUAUGCUGAGAUUCCAGGUGAUAUUGGGAAGCGAAUGCAAACUCUUCAAAAGUCUGUGGAGGAAGCUGAAAAGAAGGUAAUAGAGCAGAGUGUGACAGUCCGGAAACUUGCUUGUCAAGUGACAGAGUUGAUUUCUGGCCUGGAACAAAUCAAAGUAUCUCUGGAGCAAAAGUGUUGUACUAUCAUAGAGGCACGGCAUGCUCUCAAGCAUGUGUGGGACAAGUUGGACUCGUGUCACAGUCGCUUGAUGCUCCUGGAGAGUGAGGUGCAGGAUCUUGUUGCAGAACAAUCAGAUCACGCUCACCUAUUCAUGGACCAACUGACACGUCCAUUGCAGCUUUACCAAGAUGUAGUGCAGAUGGCUGAGCACCGCACUGCUUUUUUGAGCAGGAUCCCUGCCUCUCUUCAAGAGUUUGAAGACCUGCUGUGCAGUGCUACCUGUUGGUUUGAUGAAGCCCAGGCAUGGCUGAAUACUCCCUGCUCUUUCCCCACAUCCAAAGGCCUCCAGAAUCAUGCAAAGUCCCUGCAGCUCGUCCUGGAUGACUCGGUGAGAAUAAGGACUGCGCUGCGGCGUUUCAGGCCAGUGUUAGGCGAAAUUUCUGCUGUGUGUGAUGUGAGUGCACAGGAGGAGAGGAUGGAUAGCACAGACCAAAAAAUUGAAAAGAUGCAAAAGAGCUUUCUGGAGCCGACGGAGCAACUCAAGCAGGCUGUUGAGGCAGUGGAGGCCUUGGAAGAAGAGCUAAAGACAUUAGAGGAGAAUGUCCCAAAAAUCAAAACAAUUUUAUCAUCUAUAGCCAAUUCCAACAUCUCACUGAAAGAGCAUCUUCAAAACCAACAGGUGAUUUUGGACAAUGUCCAUUCAAUGCAGAAGACAUUAGGGGACAUGGAGCGCUACAAAGGAGAUUUAGGCCUCCCACAGGAAACAAUGGAGAGUCUAGCGGUGUUCUCUGGAAUAAAAGUUCUCCUGCAGGUGCUGAAAGACUUGGAAAAUAUCACUCUCAAACAAGGCGUUCUUCUGGAGGAUAAACGUGACAAACCCUGUGCAGAAGUAUCAUACUUGAAUGGAGCUCAGCAAAGAUUCUUGGUCCAGGAUGCUUUGGAGGAGUCUAAUUCAGAAGACGAUUUAGACGACAACGAGAGCUGUCACUCAUCAUCCUCUGACACACUAACGAGCAGUAUCCCCGAGGACCCAGAGGACACACUGUGUGCUUCAGAAGUGAAAAAUGAAAUGACCACUAUAGAAGCACUGUCUGACACUAAGGCCGUAGCGACCCAAUUUUCUGAACCAGAUUCUGAGGUGGAGUCAAUGUCAAAUACUAUUGAAACCUCUGGGCUUGAUACAAAGAUGUUGGAGCAAGAAAAUGCUCAAAGUGGAUUAAUAACAUCAGACACCUCACUGGACACUGAAGCUGAUAGUCGGGAUGUACUUGGACUCAAAUCUGUGUCACCUGAGUUUCUAAGCACUUCCACUAUUUGUGCCAAUGAAGACCACUCAGCUCCUGUGGUGACAGAAGACCAUUAUACAGUUUCAGAUUGUAACAUGUUUGUCCCCACCACCAAAGUAGUCUCCAGUCAGGCUGCAGUAGAACACAAUAGCCCUGUUACGCUGUUUUCAGCCACAAGGAAGUACACGGCUGCACAUCCAAAUCGAGAGUGCAGUGGACUCACAAUCAGUGCUUCAAAAGUGGGGGUAGAUCAACAUGACUACCAGCCUUCAGCAGCGCCCAUCAUAUUGGUCAGGCCCAGCAACGAUGACACAGAGCAGCAACUGUGGAGCCUGCUUCACAUCCAAGUCUCUCAGAAACUGGAAACCCUACAAAAACUUAAGGAGGAUAAUCAGAAUCUGAUUAACUAUACAAAGCUUGCAGUGGUUCAAGAAGGAGAACUGCUGUCACCUGGGCCAGCCUCAGCUGCUCUGCAGCAUGCAAAUGAGUCCAUUGGCGUGCUGAGAAAAAUAGUAAGCUCUGCAGAUCCUCCAGGUAUUAAGAACCACUUAUACCUGGCUACACGGAAAGUUCUUCAAAGCUUGGAUGGUUUGACAAACCUUCUGUUAACUCCUGGAGCUGUUGAGGAUCAAGGGACCGAGCUAAGGAUAUUACAGCAUGAAUGCGUAUCAAACGAGCUGAUGAGUCUGGCUGGCCUGCUGAAAGAGGUGGAGUCAAAGAUCAGCCCUGUACUUCAGAGUGAUGCGCCAGAUGCUCUGAGCUGUUUAACAUCCCUGCAGAAAUGUCUGAAAACGAUCCCGUUAGUCAUCACCUCUUUCAACGACCUCUCCUUCGACUCUCUGAGUCUUAAAAGCCAACAUCAGGAGCUCUUCUCCAACAAGUUGUGUUUUAUGGAGGAGAUUCAGCUGGGCCAUCAGGAAAUGUUCCCAAAUCAAAAAGAAGCUGCCAUUCUGGAGCAGUGUGCACUCGGCAGACAUGUGUGUGAGAGUUCAGAAGAAAAGACCAUGAUACAGAAAGUUUCCAAGUCCUUUCUUCAUGGGAUAAGAAGCCUACUGGAUCUUGGUGAAGGGUGCAUAGCUGAGGAGCAGUUGAGACCUGUUCAAAAUAUUAGUCAACUACAAAUUUGUCUCUGUAAAAAUAAGAAGUUCCAGCAGGUUCUUGGAGCUCAGCUGACUUUCAUGCAACAGCUGUUCAAUCGACAUCCGGAAAUACUACGGGGGCAAGAGGAUGAGGAAGUACAGCUAAGAGUUAGGGGCAAAGAUUUGCUACAGCAGGCGCUACAACUGGAAGUGGCAUCGCAACUAAGGCUCCAGGAAUGGAACCGCUGGGAGGAUAAUUGCAGUCGACUAGGAAGACUCCUCGACAAGCUUGAUGUCUGCAUCAACAGUGCAGAAGUAGAAGGAGCGGAUGAUGAGGAGUCCCAUAUAAAACUUUGUCUACAUAACUGCCAGCAAACUUUGGUCCAAUUGGAAGCGAACAGAGCUGCUCUGGGACUUCUCCUGGAUCAGAAGUGUGAGCUGCAGACAGAUCCUUCGUUUGGGCCCUCGGUCAGCCAUGCAGGUGGUGCUCUGGAGCUGCGAUGGCGCAGCAUCUGUCGCCGGACAGAACAGGAGUUUCAGCGUUGCAGUGACAUCUGGGACAGUUGGGUCAGAUUUCAGACAGACUUCACCUCUGUCAGUAAAUGGCUCCUUGAUGCCAACAAACACCUGACGAUUUGGUCAGAACUUACUGAAACCUCAGAUGUGAGCCAGGAGAGUGUUUACAGGGGUCUGAUUCAGCUGCUGGACUUCUCUAUAGAGAAGGAAACCAUGUCUGCUCACAAGCAGUCUGCCACCAGAGAAGCCACUCGACUGCUGCGUCUGAGGGAAACUGAAUGUCCCGGCCUGAGAGGGCGCCUCACAAAGAUGGAGCUCACGUGGUGCAAGCUCAACUCUGACCUGACAAAUAUACAGGACCAGCUGCAGCAGAAGCUGCUCCUUAUGUGGCCGCCGAUGAAGCUGCUGUCUGACUUGGACGACUGGCUCAAGAAGCUGAAUGUCCAACUAGAGAAGGAGAGAGAGCAAGUCCACAAGGCCACAGACGCUGCUCAUAUCAGUAGGACGCUGCAGCGCUACCAGGCAUUAAAGAUGUCUUUAGUCAACGGGCAGCCUCUUUUGGAAUUCCUCUCCCAAACUCAUCCUCAGAUGAUCGGAGUUGAUGUGCGGGCUCGUCUUUGUGAGCACACAAUGUAUGCGGAGCAACUCGGCGACCUCAGACAGCAGUGGCUUCACCUGCAGGGGGCACUGGACAAUCAGAUUCACAGAGAUCAAGAGCUCCAUUACACUUGUACUGCCAGAGAAAGACAGUUGCAGCAUCUCCGUCGCUCACUUGAACAGCAGAAAAAGCAUCUAAAUCAAUACAAGCAUCCUACGAGUCAAACAAAGACUCAAAAUGUUCUCCAGGAGUUGGAGGCUGUUGUUGGAAGAAUAAAGGAAGUGGCUGUAGCUUUGCAGGGGGGGAAAGCCACACGUGUGCUUGUCGAAAAGGAACAUCCGUGUGAUGUCGCUUUUUGUAACCAGGCUGAGACUGUCAGUCUUGCUUGUGAGGAGCUCAUUCAGCAGAUUCAAAUUUUGACACCAGCUUUACAGAAAAUUGUCAAGGAAUGGGUCUGCCUCGACAGAAAUCUGCGUGAGGUCUCUCUGAACACCAGCAGGGUGCACUGUACCAUGCAGCUUUACAGAACGCCUUUGUUUUCACUGAAGCAGACAGAAGGGUAUUUAGAGUGUCUGCAGGAACUCCAGGAGAUGUGUGGACAAGGGAAGAAGAUUUGGGUAGACAUCAACAAAUCCCUACAGAUUCUUAUGAAGACUCUCGAUGGUGGAGCAACCGAGUCACUGAAUGAUCGAAUAGAGCAAGAAAGAAAGCGGUGGGAGGACAUGUUGGAAAGGUUGAAGGAGGAACACCAGAAGACUGAUGAGACUCUGACCCUGUGGCAGCAGUAUAAUCGCGCCUUUGAAAACAGCUCCCGUCAGCUGGAACACCUUUGGUGUCAGUUCUCCUUUUCACCCAAACAGGAACCACAGGUCACAGUCCACCCGGUGGAGAAAUUGCAGAAUUUUGCUAUGGAUCUUCAAAACAGCGUAGCAGACGUGCUGGCCUUGUCAAAGCCUCUCAUUGGCUGUCUCAAACCACCGAUUCAAAAUUUGGUCCAAUCAGAGACCAUGGGGCUGUCACUUGAGGUCCUUCUGCUGAACCAGGCGAUGUCCGACACAAAGAAAAGUCAUCAGGAAGAUUUAGACAACUACAAACUAUUUCACACGCAGCUGGAAGCCCUUGAGCAGCAGACACAAAACAUACUGCAUGGAGUAAACUCCAGCAUGAAUGACAAAGAAAUUGUGAAGCAGGAGCUCUUGGAACUUAUUGAACUGCUUCCAUCACUGGUUGAUGUCAGUGAGAUGAGCAGCUACAUGACACUCAACAGGCAGGAGAAAGACACACUGCACAUGCUCAGUAAAAAAUGGAACGACGGAGUGGAUCGCAUGUCUUCUUUGUACAGAAUUUUGCAACGUGAACAUCAGCAGUCCCAAGACUUUCAUCAGAAGUGUCAAGAGCUAAAAUUGAUCAUGGAGGAGCUGGAGUCAGAACUUCCAAGAGGCUUCAACCUCCCAGAGAUACUUGCUGUCCAUCAGAGGCGUCAGAUCGAAAUGAUUGCUGGACAAGAGAUUCUCCAAAGUCUACUCUGUAAUGCAGUAAAAUCCAUGGAAAUGCAAACCUGGGAGAAAGAAUCUGAGUUCCUGACACAAGUGAUCCAUUUGCGAGAGAGGUGGUUCAGGUCUUUGUUGCUGACUGGCCAGCGUCAGGCCACAACUAGAGAACAAGUAUACCAGUGGAGGAUUUAUAACCGUGGCAUGACGCUUCUGAGGAAGACACUGAAGACACUUGAAACCCUGCUGUCCUCCGAUCACUCUUCAUUCACUUUACCCCCUGUCACAUCACAACGUUUCGCAGAUUACUGUCAGUGUCUUGCAGAUGGUAUGGAGCUUCACUCCUCCAUUCUCACAGAGACUUUGGAGGCUGGCAGGCAUUUGUGUGAGACCACAUCAGACUCAGACAGUCGGGAUCAACUAGAGUCGGAUGUCCAGGCCAUAGAAGGGGACUGGAAACAAACAAACUCACUGUUCCUAAAAAGGAAAGCCCUGGUCAGCACCACUGUUCAGAACUGGUCACGAUAUCAGGAUGAGAUAAUCACCAUUAUGUCUGAACUGGAUGAGCUGAGGACCCAGAUGAAAAGAGAGCUGCCUGUGAUGAUGGAGGAGUCUGAGGAAGAGGAGCUCCUUCAGAAGACGGACCUCUCUCUGCGCCAUCUAGCCAGUAAACUGAAGGAUCUGGCCUCCAUGAAGACCGACCUGUCCCAGUAUGUAGCGGUGGCUGAUUCUGCUCUGCUGGAGCAGCAGCUGGAACAACUUCACACUCAGUGGGAAGAACUAUGCACCAAGGUGUCUUUGCGCAGGCAGGAAAUUGCAGACCGCCUUAACGCCUGGACUAUAUUUAAUGACAAAAACAAAGAGUUCUGCGACUGGCUCACACAGAUUGAGAACAAGGUGUGCCACAGCGCAGAUCUCAGCAUUGAAGAAAUGGUGGAGAAAUUGAAAAAGGAUUGCAUGGAGGAAAUCAAUUUGUUCAGUGAGAAUAAAAGCCACUUGAAGCACCUGGGAGAGCAGCUGCUGUUAGCCAGUGACGAGGCCAAGCAGACCCAAGUGUGCGGCUCCCUGCAAGAGGUUAACCAGAGAUGGCAUAAUCUCUUCAGUCACAUCGAGGCCAGAGUGACAAAGUUGAAGGAGACCUUGCUGAGAGUGCAGCAGUUGGACAAAAACAUGAGUAACCUCCGGUCGUGGCUUUCACGCGUGGAGGCCGAACUGUCCAGGCCCAUCACCUACAGUGUGUGUCAUCACCAGGAGAUCCAGAGGAGACUUGCAGAGCAGCAGGAGCUGCAAAAGGACAUCGAGCAGCAUACAGAAGGCGUAACGUCUGUCCUGAACCUGUGCGACCUGUUGCUGAAGGACAAAAAUGUUGCUGGCGCCAUCGAGGUAGAAAGUGAUUCCCUUCAGGAAACCAGUCAUAGCCUUGACCAGCGCUGGAGGACCAUCUGUGCUAUGGCUCUCGACAGGCGACUCAGGAUUGAGGAAACAUGGAGAUUGUGGUGCAAGUUCCUUGAGGAUUACUCACACCUUGAUGAUUGGCUCAAGAUGGCUGAGAAGACUGCUGCUAACCCUAACUCAGGAGAUGUUCUUUAUGCAGUCGCCAAGGAGGAGCUGAAGAAGUUUGAGACUUUUCAAAGGCAGGUUCAUGAGCGGCUGACCCAGUUAGAACUCAUCAACAAUCAAUACCGCCGUCUUGCCAGGGAGAACCGCACAGACCGGUCCAACCACCUGAAAGCUAUGGUCCACGAGGGAAACCGGCGAUGGGACGUCCUGCACCGACGGGUGGCUGCUAUCCUUCGCAGGCUCAAGCAUUUUACCAGUCAGAGAGAAGAAUUCGAAGGCACUCGGGAGAGCAUGUUGGUGUGGCUGACAGAGCUGGACCUGCAGCUGACCAACGUUGAACACUUUUCCGAGAGUGACGUCCACCAUAAGAUACAACAGCUUAGUAGUUUCCAGAAGGAAAUCAUCCUCAACACGGAGCGGAUCGACGGGCUAAUCGUGUUUGGAGAAAAUCUUAUCCAGAGGAGUUCACCUCAAGAUGCUGCGCUGAUAGAAGAAGAGCUGGAGGAGCUUCACUCUUACUGUCAGGAGGUUUUCAGCCGACUGGUUCGCUUCCAUCAGCGUCUCAGCCAUCCACCGAUAAUCACAGAAGAACCCAAGUACUCUGGCACUUCCAUUUCCUUGGAGUCAAGCUUGGAACUGAUUGGACGACCCUGGCUAGGGCGGAGUCACGGAAGCCUCCCAACCACACCCUCGCACCUGCUGGCCCUUCCGCUAGAGCACUCGGGGCGAGAGACGCCUGUGAGCGUGGACUCGCUGCCGUUAGAGUGGGACCACACCGGGGACGUGGGGGGGUCAUCGUCCCAUGAGGAUGAUGAGGAUGACCAAGGACACGAUGAAGAGGGGAUUUACUUUAGUGCAUUGUCAGUACCAGACAGUUCAAUGGUUGCUUAUGAGUCUCCAAGAUGGCCAUCAGGAGAAGAUGAAGAAACGUGUGUUGAGGCUCCACCUGUCCUCACCAGCACUCCUGAAAAGCAAGGCUAUUUGCAUCAAAUGUCCCAUCAAAUGUCCCAGUGCAGUGACAACGUUGAAGAAAAGAGAAUUUCCCUGAUCCUGGAUGAUGAGGACCAGCCAGAGAUUGGCUUGACUAACUCGGCUGCCUCAGAGAAACAAUCAGGUGUGAUUGAACGUUGGGAGCUGCUCCAGGCUCAAUCCAGGAACGAGCAAGACGCCGACAGCCAGGAUUCACAAAAUGUCGCAUCUGACCUUGAUGAUGUUAUUUCCUGGCUAGACAACAUUCAUCCGGAACUAGACCGUCACCAGCAGUCGCACCCCAGCAACAGGAUUGUUGACAUGGCAACAAGAGCUAAAGAGAUGAAGGAGAUGCAGAAGAUGUUCACGCACUACAAGCCGAUCAUGCUGUCCGUUAACCUGCGUGCUCAAGAAGUCCCGGAGCAGCAGGAGCGGCUCAUUGAUUUAAACCGAGCCUGGAGCCGAGCCUCUACACUUCUUCACCAGUGGGACACCAGUUUGAGAAGGACUCUGAUACGCUGUCAGGAGUUUCACGAGAGUCUCCAUUCUCUGCUGUUGUGGUUGUCACACACCGAGAGCAGACGCCGCGCAGUUGAUGUCCGGGAUCCGGAGACACCUGGCCCAAUUCUUAAACAGCACCAUCACUCUCUCACUGCCCUGCUGGAGGAGCUACUGGAAAGGCAGACCCAGCAGGCCUCGCUCCAGACUCUGUGGUGUCAACUCCGGCCUGAGGAAGGAGACGAGGGGAGCGACGAGGCCCAGGAGAAGAUCCACGUGACGGGCACCAAACUGAAAUUACUCCUGAAGGAUGUCACGCGGGACCUGAGCAUUCUGCAACAGCGUCUGGAUUUGGACACAAGGAGAGAUGAAAAUAUCCUUGUGGAUUCUGCCCAGGAGCCCACACAAACACAGAAAUCUCCAUCCUCAAGAAGAGAGAAGAGCGAUCCGUCCCCUCGCCGGUCCUUCUUCUGUCGGGUCCUGCGAGCUGCUGUCCCGUUUCACCUCCUUCUGCUGUUCCUGCUACUGCUGCCAUGUUUGCUCCCCCACUCAGAGAGAGACUCCAGCUGCACUCUUGCCAACAACUUUGCCCGAUCUUUUCAUCCCAUGUUACAUUACACAAAUGGACCCCCACCCACCUGAUGAAGGUGGGCUGGGAGUGGGGCGGGGGAGUGUAAGACUAUUGCCACGUUCUAGAGUGAACUAACUUAAUCCAUCUUUUUCAAACACUGACACCCGUACUUUAAAUGACAUCAGAGUGAUGAAGUCAUACAUUUACAACAACAAAAAUUCCAAAGCCUACAAAUAUUAUUUUUCUGUAUUUAUUCUACAAAGAUGUGAAUGAAGCACCUCCUCAUACACAAGGGCAAAUGGAUUGUGGCAUCUGGCAUGUGCAGAAACUGAGGAAAAAUGUAAAUUUUUGGUACUGAGCUGACUGCACAGAAGUCAAGCAAGUGAUCCACGACAGCUUGACAACUAGGAAAAAAAUAUUCAUUUAAAUUAUUUUUCAAUCAUAUUUGAGAUGGGAAGAAACUGGUUAAAGCGUUUGCCUCACAGAUCUUAGGACCGGGGUUCAAAUCCCGCCCCCACCUGAAUAGAGUUUGCAUGUUCUCCCCUUGCUUGCGUAGGUUUCCUCCAGGCACCCCAAAACAUGCAACAUUAAUUGGACACUCCAAACUGCCCCAAAGUGUGAUUGUGAUCAUGAUUGGUUGUUUGUUUCUAUGUGCCCUGCGAUUGGCUGGCAACCAGUUCAGGGUGUCCUGCCCAAUGACAGCUUGGGUUGGCUCCAGCACCCUCACACGACCCUUGUGAGGAUAAGAAGCUUGGAAAAUGGAUGGAUUUAAGAUGUAGAGGUUUCAAUACUUUUGUCCGUAUAUUAUAUAGUCAGCAACUUCAUUGAUGUGGAAAAAAAUUGUUCACCAGUUUCUAAUUGUAUUUUUUAAAAUAGUAAACAUUUAAUUGUCUUAUCGCUUCUCAAAAAAAAACAGAUUUCUAGAUUUUGCAAUUUUUUUAAUGUACAGAAAUAAUAUAAUAAUUUAUAGGCACUCCUGAUGUAGUUUGGUCUUGCAUUUCUAAUAAUCACUGGUAUGUCUAGAAUUUUGGUACAUUAAAGCGCUUUACUUUUUAGUCAUUGCCAAAGAUUGAUUAAUUUCAUUACAGUAUUUGUUCAUUAUUGUGAUUGUAGCUUGUAUUGCAAAGUACAAUUUGCGGUACUUGAAAUACAAUAUACCGCAUUGGGAAAACGUUAUGUACGUAUGAGAUGUUAAAACAACAAAUUGCAAAUCCCAACCAAAAUCAACCAUACUGGACCCCCAAGAAUCUGCAAAUAAUUGUUCAAAAUAAUUACAUUGAAUUUAAAAUAAUAUAUAUUUUUUUAUAACACCCCCCCAAAAAAAAAAAAUGAAUAUACAACCAAAAGGAAUUGCCCACCGAAACCAGGGCUUGGUAAAAAAAAAAAAUAAUAAUAAUACAAUAAAAACAAAAUUAAAAAAAUUUACAAAUACUGUAGCAUUAGCCCAAAUUCUGGUGAAUCUACGAGUUGCGAACUAGAAGUAUGCGUGGGUCCAGAGUAAUAUCUCCUUGCUAGAUUUUCAUCUUUGUAAAGGCAAAACUACCCUCACGAGGAUAAGCGGCUG